AUGUCGUCCGCCAACAGCCUGCCCCAGCUUUGGGAUGGCUUUCGCAUGACCAUCUCGCCCCAGGCGUACACGUUUGAGCCUACCUCGUCGUCCGACGCCGCUCGCUCCGAAGCGCUCGUGAUCGACCGCAACGACUCGUCCGUGCGCCUCACCAAGCAGGGCUCCACUUCCAACCGCGGCGAUGCCAAGUCGAUGGCAGUGCACGGCCUGGUGGGCAUCAUCAAGCUGCACACGUCCGAGUUCCUGGUGGUGAUCACCUCCAAGAAGAAGGUCGCCGAGAUCGCAGGCGCCGACGUGUUCAUGGCCACCGAGUUCCGCGUGCUCCCGCUCGAGAAGCAGGCCAAUCCGUCGCUGCUCAAGCAUCCCGUCGAAAAGACGCUGCUCGGUCUGCUCAAGUCGCACCUCUACAGCGCUCCGUUUUAUUUCAGCUAUGGAUACGAUCUCACGAGCAGCAUGCAGCGCCAGGCGUCCAUCUCGAACAAGACGGCGCCGCUGUGGCAGCGCACUGACGACCGCUUCUUCUGGAACCGCUUCCUGAUGCAGCGCUUCGUAGAGGCGACACAGGCGGGCCACGACGUGUCGCGCUUCAUGCUGCCGUGCGUGUUUGGCUUCCUCGAGGUGAAGCAGGUGACGAUCAACAACCACGCGUUUGUGCUCGGGCUGAUUGCGCGUCGCUCGCGCCACCGCGUGGGCACGCGCUACUUUUCGCGCGGCAUCGACCUGGACGGCAACGUGAGCAACUUCAACGAGACCGAGCAGUUUGUCAUCACCAACCCCCAGGGCGGCCCUGACAUGGUCAAGGCGGACGGCUCGAUUCGCAAGAGCUACGUGCAGACGCGCGGCUCCGUACCCGUCUUCUGGGCCGAGGUGAACAACCUGCGCUACAAGCCCGAUCUGCAGAUCAUGGAAAAGCCCGAGACGGCCGAAGCUACGCGCCGCCACUUUGACGACCAAGUGCAGCGCUACGGCGACAACUACCUCGUCAACCUCGUCAAUCAGAAGGGCUACGAGAAGCCCGUCAAGGAGGCGUACGAGCGCGCCGUCGAGAAGCUCGCCAACGCACACGUGCACUAUACCUACUACGACUUCCACCACGAGUGCAAGGGGAUGAAGUUCGAGCGUGUCAUGGACCUCAUCGAGCGGCUGCAGUCCAAGGGGCUCAAGAGCACCGACUACUUUGCCUCCGAGGCGGGCAAGGUGGUGAGCGAGCAGCGCUCCGUGGUGCGUACCAACUGUAUGGACUGUUUGGACCGCACCAACGUUGUGCAGGGUACGCUGGCACGGUGGAUGCUCAACGAGCAGCUUUCGGCCAUCGGCAUCUUGGGAGCGGGCGAUCAGGUGGAGAAGCACGCCGAGUUUAUGCACGUCUACCGCAACGUGUGGGCGGACCAUGCGGAUGUGAUCAGCAAGGCCUAUUCGGGAACAGGGGCUCUCAAGACCGACUUUACACGCACGGGGAAGCGGUCCAAGGAAGGAGCGCUGCAGGAUGGCGUCAACUCGGUCACGCGCUACAUCAAGAACAACUACUUUGACGGUGCACGUCAGGAUGCCUACGACCUCUUCACGGGUGCAUGGGAGCCCUCCAAGGGUCUACCGCACCCGGACCAGCGUGCACUGCUCGUACGCGCCAUGCCAUGGAUCCUCCUCUUCGCCCUCGCCAUGCUUUUCGCCAGCAUCGUUCUGCCGCGCCAUGCCGUUGCUACCGUUGCGGGAGCUACCGGUGCCGACGUCAAGAACACGUCGAGCGUGUGGUUCUUUACGCUUUGGCUCGUGGUGGCGGUGGGCAGCGCCCAGUUCAUGGUCUCGCGCGGACUCGACUACGUCGCCUGGCCCACACUCAACCGACCGGACGAGACCAUCUUUUACGACGGCCCGGGCUUCAAGUCGGGCGCCAAGGGUCGUACUGGCGUGGUGAACCCUCUGAGCAAGGCGAAUGGAGGGGUCAAGGCGAGAGCUGCACCGACGAAUGCAGGUCGACGUGGCCAGGCGUACUCGAUCGACUCGUAG